CUUCAACUACACACUGUCGGACUCGCUACCCUUCCUUUGCGCUGGUUAGAUAAUUUCACAUUCAACGCAUGCCAUUUAGGAACCUCUGAAACGUCUGCAAAAGCCCUGCCAAUUCCCCACGUCAUGGUCGAACAGGCCUCAGAGGGCCAGUCGCAGCCUGAAGGUCAAGGCGAUCACCAAGUUCACCCUCACAUAGAACUUCCUCCCUCAGAUUCCUCGCACCAGCAUUCGUCUGCACCUUUGGUCAAUAGCAAUGGAUGGGAUGGGAAACUGCGCAUGCCUUCGCGCCAUGCAGUCCUCAGCAAUCCGGAGGCUCUCUCCGAUCCAGACUACUCUGACCCCGAAGCCCCUCCCACCGAGCAGAUCGAUGCGGACGAAGAUCUCCUGGACGACUAUCCUCUAGACUCCGAAGAUGUCGAUCUUGUCCACUGCCGCAUCUCCUCCAUUUCUGCCCUCAAACUCGAGCGUUUCUCGCAACUCAAGAGGUUGUGUCUACGCCAGAACGCCAUCACAUCUAUAUCUCUGCCCGAGAACUUUGGUGACUCGUUGGAAGAGCUGGAUCUCUAUGACAACUUGAUAUCCCACGUCAAGGGACUGGACGAGUUGAAGAAUCUGACGAGCUUGGACCUGAGUUUCAACAAGAUCAAACACAUCAAGAAUCUGAACCACCUGAACAAAUUGACACAGGCAUUCUUCGUCCAGAAUCGGAUAUCCAGGAUCGAGAAUCUCGAUGGUCUGGAGAAUUUGACCCUGAUAGAAUUGGGUGCGAACAGGAUCCGUGAAAUUGAGAACCUAGAUCCUCUAAAGAGCCUACAGGAAUUGUGGUUAGGCAAGAACAAGAUCACCGAGAUCAAGAAUCUAUCGCCGUUGACGAAUCUACGGCUUCUGGACAUCAAGUCGAACCGCCUUACUUCAAUCACAGGUCUUGAAGAGCUGUCGAAUCUGGAAGAACUGUACGUCUCGCACAACGGUAUCACUGGGAUCGACCCAUCGGCCCUCGCAAACAACAAGAAACUUCGCGUGUUGGAUAUCUCGAGCAACCAGAUAUCUCAUCUGGAGAACAUUGGUCAUCUCAAGGACCUCGAAGAGUUGUGGGCCAGCAGCAAUAAACUCGCCGACUUCAGAGAGGUCGAACGAGAACUGGCCGACAAGGAAAACCUGGAGACGGUGUAUUUCGAAAUGAACCCUCUACAACUGUCCGGUCCUGCCGUGUAUAGGAACAAGGUUCGCCUGGCUCUACCACAGGUCAAACAAAUCGAUGCCACUUUUGUCCGAGUAUAGGUCAGAGGCCUGGUAUACCAGUCAUGCUCUCACUCGAGUGAAGACUGUCGUUACUCCUUGAAAACUCAAAUGGGAUUGAUUGCCUAACGCACACCAUGGCGAAGAUUCUCCCUGUAAUCACGAGAGAUGACCAGUGAGCGUCAUCAUGGUGGUCGAGGUCUACAUCACCAAUGGCUCUGGUCAUUUCGUUUCACGAGCAUUUUCCGAGAUGAGCCCCAGCGACUUUGUUGUCCAACAAGCGUAUGAUCAACCUCCCCCGGCUACAACGGAGUGAGGAGUAGGGGAAAUGUGGCCGUCAUGGCUACGCCGUAUACGAGACAUGAGAAGGAAGCCUGAAUCAUUUUCUGGCUGCCAGUUCGCAUGGCAAGAUGCAUGGUGCUGGGACACAAAACGCACAGGUAGAAUAUAUCAGGCACCAAAUUUCAGUGGCAACUGCAAGUGCCAGUCCCAGAGAAUACAUUGCGCAAAUUCGCACUUUUGCUCG